GGCUGAACCCGAACCGAACCAACUGGCUGAACCAAACCAAAACCAAAACCAAAGGGAAAGGGUUUUAUUAGGGUUUAGCAGAACAACAAAAAUAACUAAAGAAUCUUCUAAAUUACACCAUGAAAAGAGCUUCGAUUUCGCUUCUUUUACACCUCUCUCGCCACAAACCUCGAAAGUUAACCCAUCUUCUCACCAGAAAUUAUAUUUCUGAUCUCACCGCAUCUUCUUCACCACGCAAACCCUGCUCUAAAACCCAUGGCUUGUUCUUCAAAACCCACCAAUAUCAGACGAACCCAUCUCAAAAACUCCACACCCUUGUACGGAAUCCACCUCAACUCUCCUCUAGACAGAGAAAAAUCAAAGAAAAAUCUGAUCUUGAAGAGGCUUUUGAGUCCGCAAAGACCACUGAAGAAAUGCUUCAAGCUUUUAAAGAAAUGGAGGCUUCUUUUGAUGAGAGCGAGCUUGGUUUGGCUUCUCUGAAAAUUGGUCUCAAACUUGAUCAGCAAGGUGAGGACCCUGAAAUGACUCUCUCUUUUGCUAAUAGAGCUUUGAAAGCUCUUGACAGAGAUGAUAACAAUAAUAAACCGUCGUUACCUGUUGCUAUGUGUUUACAAUUGAUGGGUUCCGCUAAUUAUACCUUAAAAAGGUUUAAUGAUUGUUUGGGGUAUCUUAAUCGAGCUAAUAGGAUACUGUGCCGGUUAGAGGAAGAAGGUUUAGGUGGAAUGGAGGAUAUUAGGCCGGUUUUGCAUGCUGUGCAGCUUGAGUUAGCCAAUGUGAAGACUGCGAUGGGUAGACGAGAGGAGGCUUUAGAGCAUCUUCGGAAGUGUCUAGAGAUUAAGGAGUUGACUCUGGAGGAAGACAGUAGGGAAUUAGGAGUGGCAAACAGGGAUUUGGCGGAAGCAUAUGCUGGAGUUUUAAAUUUUAAAGAGGCAUUGCCGUUUGGUUUGAAGGCUUUGGAGAUUCAUAAGAAUGGACUGGGGCAUAAUUCUGUAGAGGUUGCACAUGAUAGGAGGGUUCUUGGGGUGAUAUAUAGUGGGUUGGAAGAGCACCAGAAGGCAUUGGAGCAGAAUGAGUUGUCACAGAAGGUUUUGAAAAAUUGGGGUCUUAAUUCUGAGUUGCUUCGUGCAGAGAUUGAUGCUGCAAAUAUGCAAAUUGCAUUGGGAAAGUUCGAGGAGGCUAUUGAUACGUUGAAGGGUGUUGUCCAGCAGACAGAAAAAGAUAGUGAGACUCAAGCAUCGGUUUUUAUUUCAAUGGCAAAAGCGUUGUGUAACCAGGAAAAAUUUCCUGACUCAAAGAGGUGUUUAGAGAUUGCUUGCAGAAUUCUAGAUAAGAAAGAAACAGUUUCACCAGUAGAAGUUGCAGAGGCAUACUCAGAGAUAUCAAUGCAAUAUGAGACUAUGAAUGAGUUUGAAACUGCAAUUUCAUUGUUGAAGAGAACCCUGGCUUUGCUUGAGAAACUUCCACAAGAACAGCAUUCGGAAGGAAGUGUUUCUGCUAGAAUAGGGUGGUUACUUCUGUUGACAGGUAAGGUGUCUCAGGCAAUUCCCUACUUGGAGAGUGCAGCGGAGAGAUUAAAAGAGAGCUUUGGUCCCAAGCAUUUUGGAGUGGGGUAUAUUUACAACAAUUUGGGGGCUGCAUACUUAGAAUUAGAUAGACCUCAGUCAGCUGCACAGAUGUUUGCCGUUGCUAAAGAUAUCAUGGAUGUCUCACUUGGUCCUCAUCAUGCUGAUUCAAUUGAGACAUGUCAAAACCUUUCAAAGGCAUACAGUGCUAUGGGAAGUUAUUCCCUUGCAAUUGAAUUCCAGCAGCGAGCAAUUGAUGCCUGGGAAGGUCAUGGACCGAGUGCAGAAGAUGAACUGAGAGAAGCCCAUCGACUUCUUAAACAAUUAAAGAAUAAAGCCCGUGGCACAUCCACUAUCGAGCUUCCAACAAGGGCCUUGCCUUUGCCUCAUGCUGAUCACUCUAACCAAAGCUCGGAACCAGAUAAGCACAGUUAAUUAGAACUGCUUUAUAAGCCAAACUGAUGCAUGAUCUUGGAAUGUACUACUGAUGGGGUAUGUUUGUUGACAUGGACUGGAUUGGAUAAUAAGAGAAGACAGACAGUAUUAAUUUGUUUUAAAACUGUGUUUUGCGUGUGACUGUAGUAUUUCUAGCUAUGGACUAAAUGACCUCUUGUGUCCCUGGAUGACGCUGGGAGCAGAUUUGCACAGAGAAGUCUAGUUGCAGUUAUUUCUA